AUGACUCAUUUCCAGAGGUCGAACACCGUUCUCUCGAACACGGAAAGCACAAAGCGAAUGAAACGGAAUAAGGUCCUAUUGGCUCAGAAAGUGUCCCAAGACAGUCUUUACUUGGUUGACAUGCUUUUUGCCCAAGUGCUGUCCGGACUGCUACCGUACAAUUGGUGGUUGUUUCUGUGCCUCACUUUCGUUUGGCUCUCACUCAACACUAUCGACGGGUAA